CAGUGCCGGGGGCUCAGGACGGUCCUGGUCGGGACAGGAAGCCUGGCAUCCUGAGAAAGCCCUCCAUGCCCGCCAACCCUGGACGGAGGGUCACUCCAGCUGGCGGCCUGGGCCCGGGACGGCAGGCGCCCCUCCUCCUGGUCAUCCCCACGAGGCUCUCUGGUCACCCAGGAAGCCAGGCCCCCGGGCUAGGUGUCCGCAGCCGCCCUCUUGAGAGUACUCACGUCCACACCCCAGAUCCUCUCUCUCCCCGGAGUUACUACCGUGGCGCGGCUUUCCACCCACGUCCAUUCUGGGGCCAGCUGCCGCGCUAAGUCCCGGGGGCCUCAGGGUUCCCAACGGCACUUGAGGUGCACGCGGCCGAUGCAGAUCCCAACACUGCCAUCUCCUUGCAGGAGCCCCCGCUCCGCAGACACAGCUGUGCUGGAGGGACCGGGGGCUUCCCGGCAGGGGCCUCGCGCCGCCCCGCCCCCUGGGUUUGGGAGGCGAGUCCUCCCUCCCCCACCUCUCUGCCCUGCGUGGAGGCCAGGACUUUGCCCACCACCCCCCGUCGGAAUGUCAUCAGACCGUGUGACGCCACCCAUCUCACCAUGGUUUCCCGGGCGGGUGAGCUGGCCGUCCUCUGCCUUCUCCUGGGCCUGCAGGGGUCUCUGGCCGCAGUGUUCCUCACCCAGGAGGAGGCCCACGGCGUCUUGCGCAGGCAGAGGCGCGCCAACCUGUUCCUGGAGGAGCUGAGGCCCAGCUCCCUGGAGAGGGAGUGCAGGGAGGAGCUUUGCUCCUUCGAGGAGGCCAGGGAGAUCUUCCAGGACGCCGAGAGGACGAAGCGGUUCUGGAUUUCUUACACUGAUGGGGACCAAUGUGCCUCGAACCCGUGCCGGAAUGGAGGCACCUGUGAGGACCAGCUCCAGUCCUACAUCUGCUUCUGCCUCGACGGUUUCCAGGGCCGGAACUGUGAGACAAACAAGAAGGACCUGCUGGUCUGUGUGAAUGAGAAUGGCGGCUGUGAGCAGUAUUGCAGUGACCACGUCGAGGCCGGGCGCUCCUGCCGCUGCCACGAGGGGUACGCGCUCCAAGACAACGGGGUGUCCUGCGUGCCCACAGUGGAAUAUCCGUGUGGAAAAAUACCUGUUCUGGAGAAGAGAAAUGGCAGCAACCCUCAAGGCCGAAUUGUGGGUGGCCAAGUGUGCCCUAAAGGGGAGUGUCCGUGGCAGGCUGUCCUGAAGGUGGACGGGGCGCUGCUGUGUGGGGGCACCCUCCUCGACGCUGCCUGGGUGGUCUCUGCAGCUCACUGCUUUGAAACAGUCAAGAACUGGAGAAACCUGACCGUGGUAUUGGGCGAGUAUGACCUCGGCGAGGAUGAGGGUGAGGAGCAGGAGAGGCACAUAACCCGGGUCAUCAUCCCCGACAAGUACAUCCCCCGCAAGACGAACCAUGACAUCGCCCUGCUGCACCUGAGCAGGCCCGUGACCUUCACCGACCACGUGGUGCCCCUGUGUCUGCCCGAGAAGGCCUUCUCCGAGAGGACGCUGGCCUCUGUCCGCUUCUCAACUGUCAGUGGCUGGGGCCAGCUGCUGGACAGGGGCGCCACGGCCAUCCAGCUCAUGGCCAUCGACGUGCCCCGGGUGAUGACCCAGGACUGCCAGGAGAAGUCACGCAGGCGGGAGGGCUCCCCCACCAUCACCGAGAACAUGUUCUGUGCCGGCUACCUGGACGGAAGCAAGGACGCCUGCCAGGGGGACAGUGGGGGCCCGCAUGCCACCAAGUUCCAGGGUACCUGGUACCUGACCGGCAUCGUCAGCUGGGGGGAGGGCUGUGCGAACGAGGGCCACUUCGGGGUGUACACCAGGGUCUCCCAGUACAUCGAGUGGAUGCGCAGGCUCAUGCGCUCGAGCACCACCCUGAGAGGCCUCCUCCGGGCCCCGCUGCCCUAG